AUGCUUCAAUUCAUCGGCAGAAAGCGACUAGGACUGAGCCUCCUACCGGUAGUGGCAGCCACAGGGUUGUUUAUGUUGGGACUCAUGGCCCAUUUAUUUACCACCACUAAGUUUGGAGACGCGGAUUCCCCAGCUUGUCGUGCCAUCUGGAUGUUCCCCUCGUAUGCUCGACUCACCACGUUUGACGAGUCCCACACAAAAUUGGCUCGGAAGUACUCGUUACAUCUCUAUCGGGAACAGAACGUGGACAAUAUCCCUGACGAUGGGGACUUCCAUGACUCCCUCACGGGUAUACCGGUGCUAUUCAUCCCGGGGAAUGCUGGUAGUUACAAGCAAGUGAGACUGAUUGCUGCAGAAACUGCCACCACCUACUGGAGAGAAUGGAACGAGGGUACGCUUCUGAACAAAGAGGCGUCUCAUUACGAUUUUUUCACAGCGGAUUUCAAUGAAGAUUUUACCGCGUUCCAUGGUAGAACUAUCGUAGACCAAGCAGAGUACUUGAACGAGGCCAUCAAGUUCAUCCUAAAGUUGUACUCUCUGCAACAAAACCCUCCCAAAUCAGUGGUUUUAUUGGCACAUUCAAUGGGUGGAGUCGUGGCACGAGCCAUGCUCUCGUUGCCCAAUUAUAGAGAGGAAUCUGUCAAUACGAUCUUGACCCUUGCUACUCCUCACGCAUUGGCCCCCUUGACCUUUGAUGGAGACCUUACAAGAGUCUAUUCGGCCAUGGAUAGGUUUUGGUAUGAAGGAUAUCAUUCAAAUGUUUCGACCAAAUAUUCGGAAAUGGCUCGUAGAAGAGUCAAGGACGUUGCCAUUGUUUCCAUCACCGGAGGGGGUCUUGAUAAUACACUCCCAGCGGAUUAUACAACCUUGGGGUACUUGGUACCACCUUCCAACGGAUUUACCGUGUACACGACAGGUAUCCCAAGCGUUUGGACUCCCAUGGAUCAUUUGGCUAUUGUAUGGUGUGACCAACUUCGUAUUGCCGUACUGAGAGCAUUAUUAAACAUAGCUGAUAAGUCAUCACCCACACGGACGUAUAGUCUUGCGAAAAAGAUGAGGGCUCUUAGAAAGACCUUACUCUCAGGAUUUGAAGAUUAUUCAACUCAGGAUAAAGUGGCUACCAGGGAACCUGAGACUAUUGAAUUGAAACUUGAUUCCCAAAAGAUUAGAAGAAUGAAAUCUGGCGAGAGAUUGAGAUCAUUUAAACAGACUGAGCCAACGACAACUAUAUUCAAUAUUCCCGAGAAUGUUAAUUCUUCCUUUCUGCUUCUUAGUUCUUCCAGAUUGAGUUUUUGGGAGGAACAUCGUGAUGGGAGUGAAAACCCUUCCGUGUUGUUAUGUUCCAACAUGGAUAUGUCUGACUCUACCGGUAGGGAAGACAAUAAAUUAUAUGAAUUGACCACCGAGAACACCAAUGAAUACGUGGCGUUGAAGUGUGUAGAUGUCAAGGAUGAUGCUCUGGCGGUGCCUAGGUCUUUCUCAGACUCUAGUAGCGUGGCAGAGUCAUCAGCAGGAGGAGAUCACAGUCCAUUCUAUGCGAUUCAGUUCAACCAUACAGUUCUUUCUCAAUUUGAUACCAUUGUGGUUGUUGAAAAUGUUAGAACAGAUGAGAAUCAAUUUCUAAUUGCAGAUCUUGUAGAGUCACUGAAAACCAAAUAUGAUCUUGGGAAGGGUAUGCUCAAUUUGAUGAGAAGAGGAGCAGACAUUGCACUCCCAAAUACUAGACCAUUGGCUGCUAACAUCUACAUCCCUGGAGCUUGGAGUAGUAUACUUAUAUAUCAAGUGAAAGUGCACUACGCCACCAAGGAAUCCUCAACCCACUUGCCAUUAUUUGCUCCAUUCAUCAGACAAUGGAGUACUGAGCCAUAUGAAACUAAAUGGCAUGUAAAUGUUGAGAAAAACAACGAAAUGCUUCUCACCAUGCAUGGAAUUGCUCCGUUCACCCCAAUAAAGAUUAGACAUGACCAUAGAUAUGGACUCAACUUGGAACUAUGGAGUGAUCCAUCCACGGAGGAUUUGCCCAUUGAUAUUUAUUUAUCCAUUGAUUUUUUCAAAAGUAUGAGAUUACUUGUAUUACGGUAUAGACUUGCGCUUGUGGCAUGUUGUUUACUGGUGACUUUGUUAUCGUUUUUGUUCCAAUUCAACCAUUACAUACAAAGCAACGUAUUCCCUAGUGUCAUUUACGGGUUAACUAAGAUCUGUUCAUUGAAAUGGUUCCCAGUGAUAUUCUCUCUUCUUUCGGUAUUAUCCUCCGUUGUCAAUAAUUUGAGAGUACAACAAUUUCUUAAUUUGAUCGACCCAGUCGUAUUACAAGAUAGCAAUGAAAUAAAUAACAGCUUGAGUAAUGAUUUCAAGUUGAAUUCAUUCUAUCUAGGAUUGGAAGAACCAUACCUUUGGUUGAUAGGUCCAAUAUUUUUCAUGAUGGGGGUGGGAAUUAUCUUAGUGACAUAUUUCCUGUUAUUGGGGGUUGCCACUGUUAUAUCCAAGACAAAGGAUCUUUUCAAGAGACCUAAAAGAGGGAUGGAUAGUGAGACCGACACUGAGACCGUCAACAAGAACAAGAAUAAGAACAAGGAAGAAGCUGAAGAGAGUGUUCCAAUGGCUGUUAGUACAAGUUUCCCCGUUCGUAAAAUAGUUGCAAUGAUACUCAUUUUGAUUGCAGUUCCAUUUUACCUUCCCUAUCAAUUUGUCUAUGUUGUCUGUUGUAUAGUACAAAUCAUUUCAACCAUUAAAUUAGUUGUUGCCCAACCCCAGAACAAAAGUAUGCUCAAUUACAUGAUAACGUUACUUAUUCUCAUGCUCUGGACUCUCCCCAUCAACGUUCCAGUCCUCAUUGUGUUUAUCCACAACUUUGCCGUCAAUUGGAAGACCCCAUUUUCAUCACAUCAUAAUAUAUUGGCCAUAUUACCAAUUCUAAUGUUGAUGGAACGUCAUUCAUCCGGUAAUUAUCUCCCACGAGCAGUUGCAGCCAAGAAAACCAACGUUUUCAUAACCAGAGCUCUCGUGGGCUACUUUAUCUUUUACUGCAUCAUUUACGGAAUCAGACACACAUUCUGGCUCCAUCAUUUACUAAACGUUUUCUUUUGUUGGCUACUAAUUCAAUACUACGGCCAAAAGAAGUGA